AGGUGCAUGCUGAGUGUAUGGGAGCUCAAAAUGCGAGCUCUGCUAUGUAUGGUGCUCGCCGCCAGCUGCGUGCUGGCUGAUAAAAAUGACAAUAGACGCAACAAGCUACCGUUCGUCGCCGAUGCUGUCGGAAACUCGCUGCCACCGCCAUCCAGCGUGCCAGCCACAGUCGGCAGCCCAGUGAACCUGCUAACUCCUGACCGCUAUGAGUUCUACACCUUCGACGAAUCAGGAGAACUCGUCAAAAGGCUCAUGACUUUAGAAGAAAUUCAAGCAAUAGUCGCAGCCGGUGAAGAAGCUGAAGGCCUAGUUACUUUCGCCAAUGAUAACCAGCCAACAGUUUCCUUCAACAUUAAUCAGCCACCCUACACUAAAGUACAUAGUGUAGUCACAAAUGUACAAAAUGUUCUGAAAGCACAAAUGGAAGCGCACAAAAACAAACCUCAAAUUCAACCUACACUAGAUACUCCUGAUGUUUCUGACUCCUGGAGUUUAAUUCUGCCCUCUAUUUUCGGGAACUCAGGAGUUGACAUCGUUUUUGACAAGUCGUCUAGUGCUGUGACACCUCCAGAGACAGAAACAUUUGAAGGUAUAGAAGAAGACCAAAAUUCUUUGAGUAAAGAAGGUAACAAUCAAGAAAUUAGCAGUUCUACAACAUUAGGUCAAGAAACAGUCGUGGUCACGGAGAAAUUGCCACCAGCUGAAGCAGAAACUAAGGAGGUUCCAUCAACGAGUACAACCACAACUACUACCACGACUACUACUACCACAACACCUAAGCCAAGUACUACAACUCGUAAGGCGACAACUACAACACGUAAAACUACAACUACAACACGAAAACCUACAACUACAACACGUAAAGCUACUACUACAACGGUUAAACCAACAACUAAAACGAACCCUCCUACAACAACGACCACUACUACUAGAGCACCAGAGGUUUCAACUACUACAACAAAUAAACCGACGACUGUUAACUCACCUACUAAACUGAGCUCAGGUCCAAGUGUAAUAACAACUAAAGUUACUACAAGUCCCCGACCAUCAACGACAACGACUGUUAAGGCUACAACACCUAAACCAGUUAUCAGAACAACUGCAAAGACAACAACAGUAAAACCUGAAGCUACUACAAAGAAGCACAGUGUUAGCGUUUUGCCAGAAGAGAAUCCUGAAAAGACUAAUGUACAAGUACAACCAAACUCAAAUGCAGUUUCUUCAACUGAGAAGAAUGAAGUAGAAUUUGAAAAAAUAAGUACCUUUAUUCCAGUCUCAACUGUUAACUAUAUAACUGAACGCGCUACAAAUAAACCAAUAGUAACAUCAAAGCCUCCAAUCGCAUACGCAAGUACAACUAAGAGGUCUGUCACGACUACGACCAGUGAACCAUCUACCGAACCGACUAAAAUACAAACGUUUGCAACCACGAGUAAACCUGUCAUCAGUACAACAAAUUAUGUUCCAAGUACAUUAAAAGAUCAAAAUACUGACAAGAUCAAUGUGACUACUAUAACAACUCAAUCGGUGUCUCCAUCAACAACUGUGUCAUCUACAGAAAUUGCUUCUGCUGAUAAUCUAGAAACUGAGGAAAAUCAUCCAACCGGUAAUGAAAAUGAAGAAAAUGAGAAAGACGGCGAACCAUUAAUUCCAAUGUUUGAUGUUGCUCAGAGCAUCAGUCAGAUUGCUUCCGAUCUUGGUGGCAGCUUUCAGCCGAUUCCAACAACAAGUGACCUGUUAGAUUCAACCAAAGUGAAUGCAGUAGAUUUAGAAAGUAAAGAAGUUUUAGAUAUGGACAUACCAACCGGUGCUGGAAAUGAAACUGAUGACAAAAUACCAGGAUUACCCGAAAAGAAUAACGAUAAUUUUAUUAAAAUAUCAACAAUUGAUCCUCAUGGUGCCAACGAAAACAAAGAAAAUCAACAAGAAAAGGAUGUUGAGGUAAAAGACGAGGGAUCCAAUAAGACUGAAACAAAGGUAACUGAAGUACAAAAAACUGAUACAAAAGAUACUGAAUCAACGCAAAAUACAACCAAUGAGAAUGUGAAACAGCCUAAUAUUAUUAUCAAUGAUAUCCAGAAAGUAGAAUUAUUCACAACAACUGUUUCUGCUGCUACUGAAGCCACUACAAUUGAUCCAAUUUUAUCAGAGUCAAUGGGUGAUUUACUAUCUCAGGUGGUAAAUGAAGCACCACAGUCUAUAGUUGAAUCCGAAAAAACAACUGAAAAGGAGAUCAAAGUCACUACUAUCGCGAUAAAGGAAGAGCUUACAACGGAGAGUGGUUUAAAACAAUUGGAUACAAAACUAGAAACGUCUAACAAAGUUAAAAAAGAUACAAGUUCAACUACACAAGCUCCCGUAACUACAAGUUCAACUAUAGAAUCAUUAGUAGAAAAAGUAACUAUCAAAGAAAAUGAAGUCGCCAAAAGUACUGAUUCACCUUUAAAAAAUAACGAAAGUAAAAAAACUGAAAAUGCAGACAAAAAACCAGUCCAAAGUAUUCCUGAACCAGUCGACAUUAAGAAAGAAGAAAGCAAAAAAGAAGAACAUCCGGAAGAUAAUGCUCAAAACUUUGUGCAAAUCUCGAUUUCGUCAAGUAACAAAAAUAAAGUAGAAAACAGUGCUUCGGAAAAAAAUAAAACUUUAGACUCAACAGAUGUCAACAAACCUCAUGUUGAAAAUUCUAAUGAAAAAACUACAGAUGUCAAAGAAAUGGAUGUUCAAAACCAACCUGAAAAAGAGACAGAGAAUGGAAAUAAGACUAUCGAAACCAACACCGAAAACGAAAAUGUAAAAAUUACAACAUCUUUGCCAGAAGUGAAAAAUAUAACAACCACUGUUGCUCCACCACAUAAAAUUAGCCAGUCCAAAUUCAAUAAAAUUAACUCCGUUGAUAAGAAUAACAUUAGUAACAAAAAAGAUAAGCUGCCUGAGCCGUUGCCUAAAGUAGACGAUUUCAAGAAAAAGAUUCAGAAAGUAAAUAUCGAUGAAGAGGAACUAAUAAGCGAAAGGAAUAAUUCAUGGAAGCUUGUACCGACUCUUUCUCCGCCAAAAGCAAAUGAAAUCCCAAAAGACAAAGUUAAGGCUGAAAACCAUUACAUUCCAGAUAAUGAGAACAAAGAUAUUGUUUUAGAAUUCUCGAAAGAAAACCAGGGAUUAGAAGUGACUACAAAGGACUUAGGUGAAGAUAUUGCACGGUUCUCAGAACUAUCUAAUGAAUUAGCAUUCAGGUUUUGGAACGUAAUGAUUGACGAUAUAGAUAGAAAGAGGAGUUUUGUUUUGUCACCUUAUUCCAUAUUUUCCAUGCUCGCUAUGAUUUUCAUGGGAGCUAGAGGAGCUACCUCGGGAGAAAUGAAUGAGAUUCUGAAAUUAGAUGACAUGGUGACAUUCAAUCCUCAUUUCACAUUGAAAAAUAUUUCUGAUUCGAUUGAGACUACACCAGAAUCAGGGGUUGCAGUUUCUGCAUUUAUAAGAGAACUUUACAGUGACAGAAAUAAGGGUAAAAUACUAACAUUCUACAAAGAACGGGCUCAACACUUUUAUAACGGCCAUGUAGAGGAGAUUAACUUUAAAUUGAUAAGUGACAUUAUAAGACGAAGGACUAAUUUGCUUGUCAAGAGGUACACGUGGGGCAAGAUUCCAGAGUACAUGAAAACAAACAACAUUGUCAUGCAGCCGCCUCUAGCUGCGUUUACUGCGAACGUUUUCGAGACUGACUGCACGGGCACUUCUGUGGAGGGCAGAGAUGGUGAAAUGUACUUCGUAGUAUCACCAAAUGUUCGUCAGCGUCGACUUGUGCCUGUACCAGCUGUAGUUUACAAGAGCGGUUUCUUGGCUGGUUACGAUCCAGUACUUGACGCAACAGCAGCAGCAUUAGGAAAUACCAACUCUAUCAUAAGUACACUGUUCUUAAUGCCUGGUCAACAAGGAAACGUAGUACAUGCCGAGGAUCUAGAAAAACUAGAACAAAGACUGCUUGAUGCGUUGCCAACUACACCCACAUGGAAUAGAGUUUUACGCACACUACUCCCUCGGACUGGCUUAGAACUUCAAAUCCCAAGAUUCUCCCAUAAAUCAACGUUCAAUGUUUCAAUGAGCUUAAGGAAAAUGGGACUGAAGGACUUGUUUGAUGGCGAUCAUGCUGAUCUAGGUGGCUUGAACGGACCUUCAAAGGAUCUUUACUUAUCAGACAUGGUACAACUGAACACGUUCGUCACCUGCGGAGAAGAUGGCGUCGGAGAGCAGCAUCAUGUUGAGGAAUAUCCUGAAACUUUAAGUGUUUCACAAAGACGUCGUGCUAGGUGGUUAAACGAUUGGGAUGAACCGAGGGACUAUCAGAGGGCAUUCCACGAUCCUCAUGACGUCGGUGAUGCUAUGCAUUUGCCUCUGCACCUCAGGCCGAGGCAGGCACGUCUGCCAGCCAGGAGUGCCCUGCCAGCACGACUGAAGUUCGACCGACCAUUCCUGUACUUCGUGAGACAUAACCCAUCUGGUAUGAUACUAUACUUCGGUCGGUACAACCCUCGGCUUCUCCCUUGAAGGCGUUACAAAGACUGUUAGCUUAGUUUAAAUAACAUUCCUAAAAGGAAAGUGAUAAGGGAAUACUGGUGCGUGUGAUAAUGAAAGUUGUUCUAUGAGCAUUUACGUGACAGUAUUAAUAAGUGUAUCAGUACGGAGUAGGCUCGUUGACCGGUACAAUACGCAUUGUACGGCUGGACGUACUAUACUCUGUCUCAUAUCAUGUGUGUAUAAAGAAUGCUAAUGAUGAAUUAUGUUGAAUGUAGGCAUAAAUUGUACUGUAAUAGCUAAUAAUUAAGUAGUGUAAUUAAGUAAGUUUGACGUGGAAUAUUGUCAUUUCAUUGUCUUAUUAGUUUCAAUAUUAGAAUAAAUGCGAUGUUUUGAGUAA